AACUAUCAUACUUUUGACGGAUAUCGGUCGCGAACAUAUUCUGAGUCAAAGGGCCAUGUGAGUGCCGAAAUUGAUGGUUUACUGGACGACAUAAAUCGAAUGCGCCAACAUGAUACUCUCAACAAUCGCAUGACCCGCUGGUCGUCUUUGGGAACUGUUAGAGGUGAUGGCGGUCGCUACAGCACCACACUUACUCGACGACACAUGAAACGAAGUCGAGAACCGAUCGAUAUCUACCUCAAGAAACCGUCGACAUCAAAUCUGACAAAGGUGGACAUACUAUCCGUGGAUAAUCGAACUGGUCGGAGGGGCAGUUUGAGCGCCGAUCGUGAACAGCGUCUGAUGGACGAGUUGAUUGAAACCAGAAGGGAGCUCCAACGCACACGAAGCAUGAUGUCGGAAGACGGCAAACGGGGUCUCAACUAUGGAUCUACACUGAAAGUGCCCGUCAAUAACAUCAAGUGA